AUGGCGGUCAUGUUGCUGGUGCAGGAGAACAAGAAAAACAUGGAGACAAUGGCAGAAAAGCUUGAAAGGGUUAGUGGAAAACAAGUUAUGAACGACAAAGAUUCAGUGACAAACAUACACCACCUGAAUAAACAGACGGGUUUAGUUAGAUCUGUAGCAGCCGGCACAUUGUUUGUAGCUGGACAUGCAAGGGACCCGCUCGGUAGACUGAAACAUAGGCUGUUGUUCAAAGGUGACCAUUCACGAUCAAAGAAACAUGCAAGCAGCGAAUGGAAACAAUUUGGAGCAUCUUAUAGCGGCGCCGGAGACGUGCAACACGAAACACCUUGCCCGGAGGCACUUCAGACAAACGAUGUCGAGCCAUACGUCCCAUCCGUUGUUCACGUGCCCGUUGAUACUCCUCUCAUUGAUUUAACAACCGGAGAAGGUACCGUGAGUUUCUUCACUCUCUUGUCUAUGGCUGCAGAAGGAGUUGUUGAAAUUGAGUCAUACAUACCACAAUGCGACAUUCCUGAUUACGUCAAGCAGCACGACUACGCGACCGAACAAAUGGACUAUAUGAUAGCUCCAGCUGAGAUGCCCGUAACAACUGGUACGCAAGAACAGACAGUAAAAACCGAACCUGAAAAUCACGGCUGCAGCUUUGACACAUACGUUUCCAUCAACACAAUAAGUUUCAGAAAACUGUAUUCAAAUUUUCUUGCGGAAAGAUUCUUCAGAUCAAUGACAAGGGACACGGAUAUUGGUUCCCUAUCAAGGACUUUUGUUGCGAUUAGCCAUCCAUUGGUAGCAAUUGUCCCAGGAAUCGGGCUGAAGGAAGAAAUGACUGGUAGAUCUGAGCUACAGAAAGACACCUUUGCUGUCAUAUCAAGAUUAUAUAAUGAGGUGGAAGGGAAUUCAAUAUUUGCUAAGCGUAACCCAUACUGGCCAGGGACAUUUUACUUCCCACCACAGUUUGCAGACAUAGUUAUCGAAGAAGAUGGAUGCCCUCCUUCAAGGCGUGUGGAGAACAUGCUAAAGCUCAAAAAAAAUUCCAACAAUCCAAUGGAUUGUUCUAGGUUCGUCGUUCCGCACUUCCUCGAGAAUGAGGAGAUUUGGGCAAGCUACACAUUUGAUGUGGAGAGGAAGAUUGUUUUCAUGGUAGACCCAACGCUACUUUAUGUACGUUCAAUUGAGGAACGUCACGCUGAUAUAGCAAGCUUGAUACUCAGAGGCCUUCACUACUGCAUGAAAUAUGUUUGGUGUCUCCCAAGCUGGUCCGCAGAAGAUGAUUGGACAUUUCAGGGCACUUUCCACGGGAGGGACACUCUGAGAUAACAGCCGAGUGCAUGGCUUGGAAUGUGCAUACGCAGGCUGGCACCUACACGAUGGCGCUGUGACGAGGCACGGCGAAGAGGUGUAGAUCAACUGAACCGUAGCUACUUCGCAUUCUAUACAUACGUUCGUUCAUGUACCGUAAUACGUCCACGUUAUCUUUUCUGCAGGCGCUGUUCCAGUUUGCAAAAAGUUUGACAUACAUGAUGAUUAAGAUGGAGAGCAACAACCAGAUCCCAUAUGGCCCUGUCAGUUAUGACUGAAAGUGAGGAGCACUGGAGAGCAUCAGCUCGUAGUUAUGCACGGCGUUUUAUGUGUUCAAGGAUAGUCAGCUAUAAGGAAUAGAGGAAUAAUGUAAUGGCCUGAACGUGCACCCUAGACAUUGUAUGAUGAUUUUAAAUAACGUAUUUAGGUUUUUGUUCAAGUGGGUCUGCAGUAAACAACAUCGCUGUUUUACAGCGGCAACGUUAUUAUGUACUUUU